AUGGAGGAAUACAUAGCAGACUAUUUGUAUACGGAAAGCAUUUCCUGCAUUGGAGAGAGCUCUUCUGUCUCAGCACGGUUUGGGGACAGGAAGCUCGUAACAAGCGCAUACGAAAAAAUAAUGAUCUGGAACAUCGACACUCUCUCUGUUGAAAAUACGAUUUUGCACGCAGAAAGCAGCCCUGUAACAGCCAUGGCGUGCACAGGAAGCGAAGAAGACCUGCUUCUGCUGGUUGGACACGAGAAAGGAAGUGUAAAGUGCAUAGACACAAAAGGAAAUGAGGUGUUUGGGUUCAGAGAGCACAUAAAGAAGAUAAUUGGAGUGUGCGUGCUAGAGGACAUUGCGGUGGUGUACACUACGUCAGCUUUUACCCUCGUUGACUUGAGAACUGAAAGCGCCAUCUGCUCUGUGCCCCUGGACAUACAGAUUUCAUCGGUCAGAAUAUUCAGCAGAACCGUUGUGGUGGGAACAGUUCGCGGAAUAGUGCACAAGUACGAAGUAAGCGACCUUUUGAACGGUGUCCAGGAGGCCACUAUGCUGCCUCUCGCUGGAAACCAGAUCUUUGACUUUCUUGAAAUAGAUGAAGCGCUCUAUGCAGUGCUUCCCGAGUGCGUUGUCAAUAUAGCCACAAAAGACGAGAUGCCGAUAAAGCACAGAAUAUCCUUCGUCAGCACUCUCGGAGCGUCUAUGUUCACUAAAGACACAAAAGGAAAGUACCACUGGAUGAGCAUUAGAGAGGGAAAGAUCGAAGAAAAGGCGGUGUUUAAAAACACUAGACCCAUUGCAUCACUCCAGGUCUACGAUAGCAAGGCAGUGGCUGUAUUUGCAGACAACGGAAUAUCAGUCCACAGAUCGCAGGACUUCAUCACAUCAGUAGAGGGGGGAAGGGAGAACCUUCUGGCUCUAGUGAACAACAACAGAACAAUCCUUGGAAUAACAGAAACAGAAGGGAAAGUAUUUGCUACGGCAGCUGAUAAAGAUGUCCUCAAUAACGAAACUAUAUCCAAUGUUCUCUUUGAAGACGAAGGAAUGCAGUGCAUAGCUGUGCACAGCGGAAAGUACUACAUUGGAAAGAAAGAUGGGUCAUUGAGCGUCAGAGACGCACAGGGGAAUGAAAUUGAAAACAUAGCUCUGUCAAAUAGUCCCAUCGCAUCACUAGACGUAAAGGACAGGAUUAUAGCAGUGGGAACAGAGUCAAAGGUGAUUUUACUGGAGGGAGCCGAGAGAGACGAGCUGGAGUACGAUGAAGACAUUGUCUGUGUAAGGCUCUCUGCGGAUGGAUCUCUUGUGGUUGCUUCGCUCACAGACAACACUGUGAAGAUACACAAAAUAGAUGGAACCCGAGUCCUGUCUCUCUAUGGCCACUCUGUGCCAGUUGUUGACAUUUGCAUUUGCCAGGAGAAAGGGCUGAUUUACACGCUGGGAGGCGAUAAGCUCGUAAAAGUGUGGGGAAUGAGCCAUGGAGACUGCAGAAAGACAAUCAACCCCAUUGACCCCGCAGGAAUACUAUUACACGACAACUUGCUAAUUGUAUCCACAGCAUACGGAAUGAUCUACUAUCUGAAAGACACAUUCGAGAAAGUGAAGAAAAUAGAAUACAGAACGGGGAAAAAAAGAGCAGUGCCUGGAGAAAAUAGAAUGGCUGUUGUAGAUUGCUAUCUUCUCGCAAUAAGAGAAAGAGCAGUGUCUCUUUUCACAGAAGAAGAGUACGGAACCACUCUGAUAGAACAGAAGGUGCUGGAGGAAAGAGCACAGGAAACAGAAGAAAUAUCAAAGGAAAACAGAAUAUACAAAAUAAGUGCAGUAGAGGAGCUGGAAACAGCCCUGGAUGAGAAUAGCACGGAAAGAGUGUACGAGUCUCUGAAAAAGCUGUCACAGAAUGACCUUGAAAAAACCAUCGACAUUAUGAACACAGAAACACAGAACAAGCUGCUAGACAUGCUAUCUAAGCUGCCGCACAGCGACUGCAAUCCUCUGACGCUCGCAUGGUCUCUCGGCCGCCUUGCCAAGAAAAAUCUGCACAACGAGAAUCUCGAGGGAAGUAUCGAGAAAAUACGCGCAGAGCUAAGAAAGCAGGCACGAACAACAAUGGCAAAUAGAGCAGCACUACUGUGGAGCAUAAAGGAGAAUGCAGACAUCAUAGAAUAA